GAGAAAGUCUGAGUGAGUGCGCCGUGUUGCUGGCUGGAGAAGAAGGGAGGGGUGCUGACAGACGUGUUCGUAUCAACCUUCUCACCGAGAAAGCUUCUCGAAAGACACUUCAGUGAUGGCGGAGGCCCACCAGGCGGUGGCGUUCCAGUUCACCAUAACGCCAGAGGGGAUAGACCUGCAACUGUCCUAUCAGGCCCUGAACCAGAUCUACCUGUCUGGAGUACGAUCGUGGAAGAAACGAGUCAGCCGCAUGAGGAACAGCGUGAUAAAGGGAGUGUACCCUGCCAGCCCUUCCUCCUGGCUCUUUGUUGUCAUAGCGAUCCUGGCCACCAUGUAUAUGCAUUCGGAUCCCAGCAUGGGGCUCAUCACCAAGAUACAGCAACACCUGCCACUGAGUCUCCAUGUCUCCCUCAGUACCCAGGGUCAGACCAUGGUGUCUGCGCUGGUCUUCAGCACUCUGCUGUGGCUCUCCCUCAUCCUCGCGCUCAGAUUCUGCCUCAAGCUGCUGCUCUCCUACCACCAAUGGAUGUUUGAGCAGCACGGCCGAGUUUCCAACGUCACUAAAGUCUGGGUGACUCUGCUGAGGUUAUUAUCAAGCAGGAAGCCUCUGCUGUACAGUUACCAAACCUCUCUACCUCACCUGCCUGUUCCUUCCAUCAAGGACACAGUGAGCAGGUACCUGAAGUCAGUGCGCCCUCUGUUGACUGAUCCAGAGUUUAAAAGAAUGACCGAACUGGCCAGUCACUUCGAGUCUAACCUGGGAAACCGCCUGCAACGUUACCUGAGACUCAAAGCUCUGUGGGCCACCAACUAUGUGAGCGACUGGUGGGAGGAAUACAUCUACUUGAGGAGCCGAGGGCCCAUAAUGGUCAACAGUAACUACUAUGGCAUGGACUUUCUAUAUGUGACCCCGACCCCGGUGCAGGCAGCCAGAGCAGGCAACACCAUUACUGCCCUGCUGCUCUACCGCCGCAAGGUCAACCGGGAGGAACUCAAUCCAAGUCGUGUUCCAGGCACCGUCAUCCCUCUGUGUGCCGCUCAGUGUGAGAGGAUGUUCAACACAACACGCAUGCCAGGAGUCGAGACAGAUGUGCUCCAGCACUGGGAGGACAGUGAGUUUGUGGCAGUGUAUCACAAAGGGCGCUAUUUCCGCCUGUGGGUGUACCGUGCAGGCCGCCUCCUGUGUCCCAGAGAGAUUGAGUACCAGAUCCAGAGGAUCUUAGAUGACCCUUCACCCCCACAGCCUGGAGAGGAAAAACUGGGAGCACUCACAGCUGGAGACAGGAUUCCUUGGUCUCAGAUGAGGAAGCAGUACUUCAGCUCCGGCAUCAACAAGCGAUCACUGGAUGCCAUCGAGAGGGCAGCCUUCUUCGUAACCUUGGAUGAUGAAGAACAAGGCAUGAGGGGAGAGGACCCGGCAGGAAACCUGGACCGCUACGCCAAGUCCCUGCUCCAUGGCAAAUGCUAUGAUAGGUGGUUUGACAAAUCCUUUUCCAUUGUGAUCUACAAGAAUGGGAAGAGUGGACUGAAUGCAGAGCACUCCUGGGCUGACGCACCGACAGUGGCUCACCUAUGGGAGUACGCCCUGGCCACUGAUGCCUUCCAGCUUGGCUACACCGAGGACGGACACUGUAAAGGCGAGGUUGACCGCUCACUGCCACGACCCCAGAGGCUAAUGUGGGACAUUCCGUCAGAGGUCCAAGCUCAGGUGUGCAGCUCCCUGGCUGUUGCCCAGACGCUGGCAGAUGAUGUGGACUGCCACGUGUUUCCCUUCAGAGAGUUUGGAAAAGGACGUAUCAAGAAGCUGCGCGUCAGCCCCGAUGCAUUCAUACAGAUCAGCUUACAGCUGGCUUACUACAGGGAUCGUGGUGGUUUCUGUCUGACUUACGAGGCAUCAAUGACCCGUCUGUUCAGGGAGGGCCGCACAGAGACUGUGCGAUCCUGCUCCAACGAGAGCUCUGCCUUCGUCAAAGCUCUAGAGGAUGGAGAGGCAGGGGAACAAUGCAGGCGUCUUUUCCGACUGGCUUCAGAGAGGCACCAAAACCUUUAUCGAAUGGCUAUGACUGGAGCUGGAAUUGACAGACACCUCUUCUGCCUCUAUGUGGUCUCCAAAUACUUGGGGGUGGAGUCACCCUUCCUCAAAGAGGUUUUGUCGGAGCCUUGGCGUCUUUCCACCAGUCAGACCCCAGUGCAGCAGAUGGAGCUGUUUGACCUGAAGAACCACCCCGAUUUCAUAUCGCUGGGCGGAGGCUUCGGACCUGUUGCUGAUGAUGGUUAUGGGGUUUCAUACAUCAUUGUGGGUGAGGAUAUGAUCAACUUCCACGUGUCAUCCAAACACUCCUGCAGUGACACUGACUCCCACAGGUUUGGAGCUCAGAUAAGUCAAGCUCUCCAGGACAUCAUGACUGUCCUCUCUGCUGACGCCAAAAGCUCCUCGUCCGCCAAAGGCACGGCCCCGCCUCAGCCCAAGAAGCUCGCCUGAAUGUGGCAGAAAGCAUCUCGCCGUGUGGGCAAACGUCCCCCCUGACAAAAGAGAAUUUAAUGAGUAAAAUCAAAGGGAGGUCCCAGCCUAGUUCAGGGGGGCUUUGUUUGCGUCUGCCAUCAUUUUAAGUCACACCAGUAAGAUAGCUUGUAGGCCCCAUUCAGACAGAGAAACAAGGCACACUGAAAAUGCAAGGAGCCCGUUGAUUUUGACAGGUGAUCUGUGGCUCGUCCCCCCCCAAAAAAAAAGAAUAAUUAGAAAACACCCACACCUGCUUCAGAGCUCUGCCACACCUCACCUGAAUGUUAUGAUUUGCAUUCCUCCGUUUAAAAAGCGCGGAGUUCAGAAGCCUCUCUGUGUGAACAGGCACUAACAUAUUUGACAGCUAUUGAGCAUUAAUACACGUACGUACGCUUCAGAGAGACUCAGCUUGACGGCAUGUGAGCCUGCACAAUGCCUCCAGCCCCUACUUUCUCUGAGAAUAUGAAACCAGCGAUGGGUGAUUUUCAAGAAAGAGGGAGCAAAGGUCGUCAUCUUAAGAGGAAAGUCUUAGUAGACAGGUAUGAAGCAGAGAAAGGGAGACACAUCUCCCCGAGCAUUAGCAGACCAUAAAUCUCAAAGAGAGCUGAAAGGGAAAGUUUUUUUAGUUUGUCCCCAGUGUGAAAUGAUGCUGUGGAGAGAUAAAUGUCUCUGAAGGGAAAGAGUUAUUUACAGACCUCCACCCAAAAGAGCCCCUUUUUUAUAUCCUUUAACUUCAUGGCGUUUAGAACGAGGCAAUGAAAGUCCCAGUCCUGCCUUUAAAACGGCAACUAUAUAAUCUUUGAUGUUUGGGUUCCAUUAGCGUCACCUGAUCUCUGCACGAGCCUGAAUCAAUCGUUAACCGCUUGAUGUCGUAGUUAAAUUUUCAGUAAAUCAGGAGGAAGCUGUUGCUGUUUAUAAAUAACUGCUUAUAUAGUUACAUUUCUCACCAAAACGCACUGAGUCUGUCCUUUACGUCUUCAGUUAAAGUAGCUGUACCACAAUGUAAAAAUAUUCCACUCCAAGUAGACGUCCUGCAUUCAAAAUAUUACCAGCAAUUGUUUGCAUUUCAAGUAUAUAAAGUACAAAUACUCAUAAUGUGGCUGGAAGUCAAUACAUAUUAUCAAAAGUACAUUAUUUUUAAUAAAUCAUGUAUUUGGAUUUAAUGUUGAAACAUGUUUAUCUCCAAACUACAGCUCUCAGAUCUGAUCUGUAGUCAUGUAAAAAGUACAAGACUUUCCUCUGAAAUGCAGUGGAGUACAAGUAUAAAGUAGCUGGAAAAGUACAAGUAUCUCAAACGUGCACCUUAGUAUAGUGAACUGCGGUUUCAUGUGUCAUCGGUUAUGAUUCAGGUUAUAACUGGAGGCCUCCAGCUCUUCUGAGCAUUGCGUAGCAGUGCUGUGCUCACAGUGCAGCCACAGGAACACCAAACAAAAAGUUUCAGUCCUCACAUUAUAGAAUUUAAAUUCACUGCAGAUUUAUGCAGUUCAGGUACAGUCUCUGUUUACAGUAACUGUCCAUAAAAGCAAAUACAUGUUUUUCAGGCUGACUGAGAUCAGGCGGUAACUUACGAUGUCACUGGAAGUUUUAUUUAUUUAUCUGUUGAAAGGAUGGAAGAAAGCAAGAGAGGGCGGCAGAAGAAAAGGAAGCGCUAAUGACCUUUUCAUGAUUUUCUUUUACUUUUAAUUGUCAGUUCAGUGCACUGAAUUAAUGAGUUGUUGAUGUUUUAGUUCAGAGGAUUUACAUGAUCGUAAGGACAUGCUUCAGCUUACCAGUCACAGCUGUUGAAUGAAAGGCAAUUCAAGUGUUGCGGAUGGUCACAAGUAGACUGUUUAUAUGUGAAAUGCAGUCACGUUGCCUUCAUUAUUCUUACUGUCACUGAACCAGUUACUUGGAAACAUUUGAGAGGGAAAGUGAAAGGGCUAAAAGGCUCCUGCCAACUCUAUAUAUUUCCUUUUAAAGGACGCACACUUAUUAAAGCAAAGACAGACAGCAGUAAGUUCCCCAUUUGAUCAGGAUUCAGGUUUACAUAUGGUACACACAGUCCACCUCUGGGCCAGUGGCACUUUAUUCCAGGGGAGGACAUCAAUAAGGUGGCACCCACCUCCAACCAUCCGCCGUUUUAAAGCUACGGCUUUUAUGAAACACCCUCGUGCCUGAAUUCAAGUAUUCAUUAAAACACUUUCAAUGCAAUUUCUUAAUCAAUGCAAUUCCUACAGGAAACCGUGGAACACGUGUUGUUCUGUGUUCUCUGUGUGCUAAUGAGAAUGUACUACAGUUUCUCAGUUAGUUAGGAUGUGUUCUCAUGUGCAGCGAUGUUGUGGUUAAACAAAAAGCAAGUCAACUAUUGACUCCAUCUGUCACAAAAUGGUACAUGUCAGAGCCUCCACUCCAACAUAUUCAUGGUCUCAUACAGACAAACAUUGGCUAAAAAGAGGCAGCGUUGACCUUCCACCACAUCUCUGCUCAUGUUUUCUAACUGUACCCUAACUUUAUGCGAUCUCUUUUUAGAGAGAUUUUUUUGGCUUAAUAUUUUAGUAACGUCAGACCACAGUGGCUUCAGUCUCACUUUCAACAUUUAGCAGCUCAUUUCCCAAACUGUUUACGGCCGAGCGGCCGUUUGUUUUUAUAAUCGCUCUGUUAUGCAGCCACAGGGCAUGAAUCUUUUUGUUUUGUUGCAGCUGAGAUAACUGUAGCAGUGUAGACCAAAGUAGAACAACUUGUCUACUUCUCUCCACUCAUGACUUUUCUAACAGUUUCACUUUGUGGAAGGCCCACAACAAUGUGUGUACAAAAUGUGUAUUAUUUCUGCCUUUCCUUUUCCUUUUAUCACAGUAUUUACAGUAUACUGAAACAACAAUCAUUUUUAACAUGAGUUUUGUUUACUAGUAAUCACAAAAUUCACAGAAUUCAUGAUCACAAAGUAUUCAACAUUUACCUACUUGAUAAAAACAGACCUAAACCAGUUUAACCGCUCUGUCACGCUUUUGUCGUCGAGGUCUUGAAAUACAACUAAUGGUUUCAUUGUGAUCACAGAACAAUCAGGCUUAUGUUUGCAUCAGAAACAUUUGUCAGGAUCACACAGACUUCUCUAACUUCCUCUCCUGCCUUCCACACUUACAUGAUGUCCUGCAUGUUUGGGCAAAUCCUCGAGAGAAAACUAGAGUCACUCGUCUCUUUAACAAGGGCUUCUGAUAAUGUUGGUGGAUCUAAGAUCACUCUGUUGUUGCAGUUUGGAUAAGAGCUUCAGCUAAAUGCAUCAAAUGCGAUACAGAUGUUGUUUAAUCCUCACUACUCUCCGUUGUUCACUUUAUGCCUCACCUGUCUACACAGCCAGUCAAACCAUCAUGUGCCUCAGUCCACUCCUUAUACGUGAGGGAAUCAGUGUCCCCGGGCUGUCAGCUGUUCGCUCUCACAAAAAGCAGCAAAGCUAGCAUUUAGCAGCAGGUUUACAAUGUGCUUAAGAUUCAGAUCAGCACCGUCUUUUCUUACUUUUUAAAAUUUGGGAUACAUUUUUAUGUUUAUGUCUGUGUAAUCUGUAAAACUGCUGUUUAUACUCCUGGUUAAUAGUGAUGCUUGAACAUUUUUGAUGAAUUUGUGGGUAUUGUAGUUUUGUGUUAUAUCCCAAGUUUACUGACUUUACACUCCAGACAGUGCUAAUUAUUGAAAUGUUUUUGUCAGUGAUUUUCGUUCUAAAACUUAUUUAAACGUCAAUUAUGAACUUGUAAAGGUCUUUUAUACAUGGUGAUGGCGUGAAAUAAAAUACUCUCUGACACUA